UUGUUUUCCAAAACAAGAUACUCAACACACCAAUUUAUAAGAUAUGGGAGCUCGGUCACAGCAGGGGCAGUGGCCUCAACUGCUAUGUGCAGUGGCAUUUUGCAUCUUAGCCACUGCUGUGGUUGCCGAUGAUGAUCACUACAAGCCUUACAUUUAUGCCUCUCCACCACCACCAUAUGUGUACAAGUCACCGCCACCACCAUCUCCUUCUCCACCUCCACCAUAUGUUUACAAAUCACCUCCUCCUCCUUCACCCUCCCCACCACCACCUUAUGUCUAUAAGUCACCACCACCCCCAUCACCUUCUCCGCCUCCACCCUACAUCUACAAGUCACCUCCUCCCCCUUCACCCUCUCCUCCACCACCCUAUGUUUACAAGUCACCUCCUCCUCCUUCACCCUCUCCACCACCACCAUACGUUUAUAAAUCACCACCACCACCAUCCCCUUCUCCGCCACCACCAUAUGUUUACAAAUCUCCACCACCUCCUUCACCCUCUCCGCCACCACCUUACAUCUAUAAGUCACCACCACCACCUUCACCCUCUCCGCCACCACCUUACGUGUAUAAGUCUCCCCCACCACCAGCACAUUCUCCACCACCACCUUAUGUGUAUAAGUCACCACCUCCUCCCUCUCCUUCACCUCCUCCCCCUUAUCUCUAUAAGUCACCACCACCACCAUCACCGUCUCCACCACCUCCUUACCACUACACAUCACCUCCCCCUCCUGUGAAGUCACCCCCUCCUCCAUACUACUACAAGUCCCCACCUCCACCAUCACCGUCACCACCACCACCUUAUUAUUACAAAUCACCACCACCACCAUCUCCAUCACCUCCGCCAUACUACUACAAGUCUCCACCUCCUCCAUAUCAUUACUAAGGGUACUUCUACGCUCAUGGGCCAACAAGCACACAGUUAAUUCAUUCAAGUUGUGAGAAGAAUAAAAAGAAGUUUCUGUUUUCAAUUUCAGUAUAAUUUGUUUCGGUAUUUUUCUAUUUGAUCAUUGGUGCGUAGUUGUCUUUUGAGAAUAAAAAAUAAGAGUCCUUAUUGAGAUCCUUGAUGGAUUCAUUUGUAUGAAGUACACAAUGAAUCAUUUAUUUCAUGAAUUAAGUCAAAGCCAUAAGUUUUAAUUUU